AUGGAGGGUCAAGUCUUCUUUGACAAGCGCUCCGAUCGCAAUGCCGGGCGUGAGCGUGUGGGAAUGGGCAAUCUCAUAGCUCGAUGGCUGCGUCAGAAUGCAGAUGCAGCCGUCUCAGCAUCAUUCAAAGAGUACUACAGUUAUGUACAUACACAGCUGCAAGACGAAAUGGGGUACGUUCUCAACGGACCAGGCAAUCGGGGGAAACGACUCUACAACUGGCCAUGGGUGAUGCAGCUGCAUGUCGCCACCUCUGCGCUCAAUAUUACUUUUGGUGGCGCGGUAGGUGACCUGAAACCGUUGGAACGGUUCAUGUUGACGCUGGAGAGUUUUUAUGCCCAAGGAGGAGCAGAGCUGUACGCCAUCGGGCUGCCCAUCUACGAAGGUCUUCGGGCGCUCAAUGCCUCGGGCGACAUCAAUGCAUACGAACGUGCACUAUCUCUUUUCCAACGGCAUGGGCAGCACAUCGUGGACCGAGGUCUGGAUUAUCCCGCGUUUGAAGUCAAUUUCGAGCAAUCGAUCGUCGCUCCGGCCGUAGUCAUGCUGCUAGAACUGUACCGGUGGACAGGCGACAAGAAGUGGUUGACAGCGGCCGAACUCCAACUCGAAACGCUUCUGCGCUUUUCCGGCAAGCAGCCCGAUUACCGAGUUCAUGACAUUGCAAUCAGACAUUGGGAUGGAUACUGGUUUGGGAAAGAUCGCAUGUGGGGAGAUGUGUUCCCUCAUUACUGGAGCACGCUCAAUGCGGUAGCUCUUCAUCGUUAUGGGCAGGCGGUGGGCAAAGACUCGUACUGGAGGAAGGCAGAGGGUAUCAUUCGAAGCAAUCUCACGCUUUUCGACCAAGAUGGAAGAGGGAGUUGCGCAUGGAUAUAUCCAACGUCGGUCAAUGGCCGACCGGGCCACUAUGCUGAUCCCUAUGCGAAUGACCAGGACUGGGCACUGAAUCACUUGUUGCAGAUAUCCGAUGAAAAGAGCCUCGAGUAG